AUGAAUGAAGACAUACAUCGCAUCAUAUUAGAAAUUCUAUUUGAGGAUUUUCUUUCUCUCGAAUUCAAUUAUACAAAUUUAAAACUCGUCAACAAAAAUUUUUCAAAAAUAGUUGAUGAAAUAAUCUAUUCAAAAAUACUUAAAUUCGCAAGUGGAUCUUAUGAAAAAGAUCGUCUUCUCCAUUUAGAAUUCCUUCCUUCAGAUGAUUUCAUCAUCUCACCUAAUCACAAUCACAUCUGGACCAAACCUGCAUACAUUCAAGAAGAUAUUAUGAAGUUAGAUGAAAAACAUGAAAAAAUACCAAUACCUAUUGCCAGCGAUCGAUUUAUCUUAUUUCAUUCUAAGAUAAUUCAUGAUUUUUACAAUUCAAAGGCUGAACGACAGAAGGAACUAUUAAUGAAAAUAAAAUACGAUGUUACUCUUUACUGGAUUCCAAGUGGUAAAGAAUACUAUAGGAUAAAUAACGAAAAUUAUAAUUAUAAUGUUUACAAGAGUAAAUACUACAACUUCAAUAUUCUGAAGGCUGAUAUCUAUAACGAAUUGAUGGAUAAAAUUAUCAACAUUGAUUCUCGAGAAAUUGAUGAAAAAUAUAGAUUUCUCUACUUAUAUAUUCAAAGAGACCUCAAUAGAAUGUAUAUUAGAUUAAAAUUAGGGACUCAAUUUUCAUUAUAUCACACCCUCUCGAUUCAUUUUUCAUAUUCAUUUUGCGUCUAG